CUACGUCGGGGUGCGCACGCCGCUCCGGGGGCGGGACUUCCCUUCGGCCGGCAGAGGGCGCUCGGCUAGCCAAGAGGAGACGCUUUCAUGGAGGGGGAGGAGGCCCGGGCGCGGGAGGGGGCCGCUGUGGCUCGGGACCUGCUGGCCCUGGGGUAUGAGGGUUUCCCAGGGACUGCGGCGCUGGGCCCCUUGUGUCCAGACUUCAGGGCGCUGUGCGCGCGGCUGAUAGCGGAGCUGGAGACUCUGGGUGCCCUGAAGCGGGAGCGAGAGGAGGGCGCGGAGGCGCUGAGCCUCAGCGAUGGCCCCAGCUCCGAGGAGGAAUUCCUGCGACAGUUGGCCGGCCUGCUGCGGGCGCUGCACUGCCCGGACCGCGCGCUCUGGGGCGGAGACUGCGCGACAGCGCUGCGGGAACCGGGCGUGUGCCUGCGCCUGCUGCGCUUUCUCUGCACCGAGCUCCAGGCUGCCCGCCUCCUCCGCCUGCGUCUGCCACUGGAUCCCAGUCCGGCAGCACUGCCGCCCGGUGGAAAAGAGGCAGAGGAGGGAGCUGGCAUGGUCCAGGAACUCAUCCUUACCCUCCAAGCCCUAGGGCUGCCCAGACCCACUCCGGGGACACCCGCCAGCCGGCUGCUGUGGGAGUUGCAUGCCAAGAUCUCAGAGCUACUGCCUUCCCUGCCUCCAGGGUCACUGCAGCCCCUCCUCAGCUACUCGCUGGACGCACCCAGAUGGGAAGCAUUGGAGUCUCUGUGCCAAAGCCUGAGAGAUCAGUACUGCUGCCGCCGCUGCCUUCUCCUCAAGCGCUUGGACCUCACAACAUCUGCUUUCCACUGGAGUGAUCGGGCAGAGGCCCAAGGGGAGGCCAUGAAGGCAGUGCUGAUCCCAGUUCGAGAGGCUCUGACCCCAGAAUCAGAUGUCUCCAUCGCACACGUCCUGGCUGCCCGAGCUGACCUAUCUCGUCUUGUCCCAGCCACGAGCAAGGCUGCCCGCCAAGGGACCUGCUGUGCCAUCAACAAGGUGCUCAUGGGCAAUGUGCCAGAUCGAGGGGGUCGCCCAAAUGAGCUGGAGGCUCCCAUGCCCACCUGGCAAAGCAGAAGAGAGGAUGGAGGCGGGAGGAAAGCAGGCCGCCAGUACUGGGGCCGCAAGAAGAAGAAGAAGUAAAGGGGGACUGGUGGUUGAGACAGGGAUCCCCUAUGAGAUGCUGACACCAUUGAUAAUCUCGGGGGUUCAGUUUGAGGGCUUCUCUUGGCACCUGGCACCCAGGUCCCACAUCCUCCUGUUCCUGAGGCCCCAGAUGUAUUCUCCCUCAUCCACCACUCAACACAAGGACCAUGGAAAAUAAAUUUAAUUUAUGACAGCUGUAGGACCUGUCUCUGUGGGGGCCAGGUCAGGGGUGCUCGGGUUUUAGGAGGGGGUAGGGGAUCUCUGUCCCUUGGGUCUGAACAGGCCUCUGGUACUCUGACCCCCAAAGUCCUUUGCUCUUUAGCAACACAUCUUUCCCUUCUUGUGGGCAUGGGAAUGAAACAUGCAGGCGUUGGAUAAACCUCAGUACCCACCAUGUGCCAGCCCUGUUCUAGGCACUGGGAAUACUGCAAUGAAAGGUGCAGGUAAUGUAAACCCCUGCUCUCCUGGAGCUGACGUUUCUGGGGAGGAGGGGCAGACAUUCAAUAGAAGAAAUUGGUACAAUGUGUAUUUUGCCAGAUGGAGAAAGGACUUUGGAGUAAAAUAAAGCAGGAAGGCAGGAUCAGGACCGUGGGGAGACUGCAACUUUGAGUAUGGUCAGGGGAGGCCUCAGUGAGGUGACACUUGAGCUAAAUCCCAAGAAGGAGUCAUGUGGGCCUCUGGGGAAGUGUUCCAGGCAGAGAGAACGACCAGUACAAAGGCGCUGAGGUAGGAGUAUUUGGGGCAUGUUCAGCAACCAUCCAGGCCAGCACAGCUGGAACAGGAUUAAUGAGGGGUGGAGUGGUGGGAGGUGAGGUCAGAGAGGUGACGGGUACAUUGCAUGGAGUGGGCCAGUGGGGACUCUGGCUUUUACCCUGAGUGAGAGGGAGCCAUGUGAUCUGACUCACGUGUUCUCACAGGCUCCCCAGUUCCGCCCCUUUUCUAGCCGUCUCUGGAACCCGAGUUUGGAACUCUGCCCACCCUCGCCCCACCCGCUCCUGACUCACUCUGUUAGUAUAGUACAUUGGUCAGGAGCUUCUGUUUUAGAGGCAGACAGAAGACCUGGUUUUGAGUCCCGCCUCCAACACUUAGGAGUUCUGUUACC